GUUUAGUUCAGUGCGCUCGGAUCUACAGUCGCACUGACGCUCGGAAUCACUCGGUAGAACCGAAAGAAGACUACAACCUGCAUUAAAUAUCUUCUCUUAUUGGGUUUAUAUCAAUGGCUACUCGCGGGAUUCCAGAUGAGCUCUUAAGAGAUGACAAGUUAAUCAAAGAGCUGGAGGCAGUCGGUAAAGAUUCUGCACUGUUGCAUGGAGUGUUAAUGCGCACCAAAGAAACACCAAACUCUUCCGAAGUGGUGAGUUAUGCACCAUUCUCACUCUUUCCUUCCCCGGUGCCUAGAGUACUCUUUCACCAGGCCCUCAAAAUGGCAACCCUUUUCAAUCGCCUGAUAGACAGAGUGAGUCAGAGUCCACGUUUCCUCGAGGAGGCUCUUGCCAGCACCAUCAAGGUUGAUGAUUUCACAGCAAAACUCUUCAACAUUUACAGACAAGUUCAACAGGAACCUCAGGACAUGGCAAUAGUGCUGGGCUUGAAUCGCUCGGAUUACAUGAUUCACCAUGCCGAUGGACAAGAGGCUUUAAAGCAGAUUGAAAUUAAUACCAUUGCAGCCAGUUUUGGGGGUCUUGCUUCACGUAUGCCAAGUGUUCAUCGGCACAUCCUGAGGGUUGCAAAUCGGUUGGAGGAAAGCAAACAGAUCUUAGAUAACAAUCCAGCAGCAGGUCUGGCUCAAGGCUUGGCAAAGGCCUGGGAGCUGUAUGGCUCAGAGAGAGCAGUUGUGAUGUUCCUGGUUGAGGACAUCCAGAGGAACAUUUAUGACCAUCGAUACGUAGAGAAUGAGCUUUGGGCAAGGAACAUUCGUGUAAUAAGAAGAGAGUUUGAAGACGUGAUUAGAACUGGAUCUCUCGAUCAGAACAAGAAACUGUUUGUAGACGGACAAGAGAUCGCUGUUGUUUAUUUCCGCAAUGGAUACAUGCCUCACAAUUACAAAUCAGAACAAAGCUGGGAGGCUCGGUUGAUGAUGGAGCGCUCGUGUGCUGUGAAGUGUCCAGACAUCAGCACACAUCUUGUCGGCACUAAGAAGGUCCAGCAAGAGUUGGCUCGGCCAGGCGUCCUUGAGAGCUUCUUUCCUGAUGAACCUGAGGCUGUGACUCAGAUCCGGGCCACUUUUGCUGGCUUGUACACAUUAGACAUGGGAGUAGAAGGGGACCAGAACGUGGCUAUGGUUUUGGGCAAACCAGACCGGUAUGUGUUAAAACCCCAGAGAGAAGGAGGAGGGAACAACAUUUAUGGAGAAGAGAUCUGUGAUGUGCUGGAGAGCUUAAAGAACAGCACAGAGAGAACCGCCUACAUCCUGAUGGACAAAAUCCAGGCCCAGCCCACAUAUAACUACCUUUGCCGAAAGGGGGAACCACUCACGCUGAAGCCGUGUCUCAGUGAACUGGGUGUUUUUGGAACCUACAUUAGGAGAGGGAAGGAGAUGCUGAUGAACGAGUGUGCGGGCCACCUGCUGAGGACAAAGAGUGCAGAACAUGCCGAUGGAGGCGUCGCUGCAGGAGUCGCAGUGCUCGACAAUCCUUUACUGAUUUAAGUCUCAGCACAUCCGGAGUAGAACUGUACACUGAUUACCAUAGGCUUAAUUUAUUUAUAGCUUCUUUUAUGUACAUUCCUCUCCCACACAUUUCGACCUGUGAUUAAAGGGUAUGCAUUCCCUGUGAAGAUAUUUCUCACUCAGAAGAGAAGUUCUGAAGUCAACUGUUGCUUGCCAUAAGUAAAAUUUCCAUACAAAUAUUUUCUAAAAUGGUCUGUGCCCAGGAGUACCACCAUCAUGCAUACGUUUAUACUUAUUACUGUAUGUAGCUGUUGAGUUGGAUCAAGUGUUUUGGAGCAGAGAAAAGAAAGAGAAAUAAUCACAUGCUGAAAAACCUGAACAAUAAUGAGCUGCUGAUUUCAAUAGUCCCAUCAUAACUGUUGUUACUCUAAGAAAUUGGUUUAAAAUCAGUGAUCCAAUUAGUCUGAUUUCCUCUUAAAACAACCUUGGAUCACCUACAUGCAGUUUAUUGUAACAGUAGUACACUCCCCCACUGUGAAAUUAGUUUUUAGGGGCAAUAUUUUGGUAGAACAUGUAUUUUACCAAGGCACUGAGUCUUUUUGUCAUUAUCAUUUCUCACAAUGGCAACCAACAUUGGUGGCCAAAAGUACUGGGACAAAACUGAAAUUCUGUUUAAAUGAUGUUAUGAAUUGUUUCAAUUAAUGUCAAUAAAGAUAACAAUUUUUUAUUUUA